AUGAGUGACAAUGAAAGUUUUGCAUCCAUAGAAAUUGUGAAUGAAGAUCAUUUUAAGAAAGCACAAAAUGAAGAGAACUUGGAUAAAUUUUUAGAUUAUGAUAUUAGUUGUAUAAAGGAUACAGACAAAUAUAAAUAUGUUGGUGCUGAUAUAGUACAACGAGAAGAUUUAUUUCAAAUUAAUCUCGGUAGAAUUGAAUUUAUAAAUCAAAAAAAUGUAAAAUAUCAUAAUAUAUUAUUAAAUAAUAAACAUAAUGAAGCUGAUAUAUUUAUAAAAAUAAAAAAAGAAUUAUUUAGUAUAGCUUAUAAAAAUUAUUGUAACAAACUUAGAGGAGUUACACAUCCAGGGGAUGCUAACCAAAUAAAAGAAAAAAAUGAAAAUAUAAAUAAUGAAAAUAAAAAAACAUAUGAUCUAUUAAACAAUGAAUUUAGUACCGUAUUUAGUAACAAGAUUGAAGAUACUUAUAAUGAUAUAAAAAGUAGUGUAAAUUGGUUAGGCAACUUUUUUUCAAAUUCAGAACAGAAUGAUGAAAAAGAUAAAAUGAAUAUUUUUUAUAUUGAUUUAUAUUUUUUAAAUGAUAUAACUAUUUUACGAUUUUUAAAUACAUAUAAUUAUAAUUUAAUGAAAACAUUAAAUAAGUUGGUAAAAUUUAUUUUAUGGAGACAAUUAACAAUCACAAAUUUUAAUAAUAAUAAUAUACGUAAGGGAGCAAAAUUUUCAACAGCUAGUAAAAAAAAACUUAGUAAAAUGUCAAGAGAGAUUGAUAGAAAUCCAAAUAAUGUAAUGUCUACCAAUAAUUAUAGUGAUAGUGUUUUUAUUAAUCCCGUAAAUAUUAAAGAUAUAUUAUUAAAAACAAAUAUUUUCAGAUGUGGAUUUGAUAAAAAAUCAAGACCAAUGUUAUAUAUAAAAAUACAAGAAAAAUUAAAUAUGAAGGAGGAUGAAUUAUUUUUGUUACUAGUCUAUCAUGUAGAUAUGUGCAUGAAUAGUAUGGAUUAUAAAAAAUAUUAUAAAAUGGACAAGACUAAUAGUAAAGAUGUGUUGAAUAAUGAUAAAAACGAAUUUGAUGAAUCUACUUUACAACUUGUAAUUGUAGUUGAUUGUCUUAAAUUUGAAUUAAAUAAUAUGAUAAGCAUAGAUUGUAUUAAAAAAAUAAUAAAUAUUUUCAACGAAUUUUAUACUGAUAUAUUAUACAGAAUAUACAUUAUUAAUAUUCCGACAUUUUUUAAAAAAGUUUGGUCUUUAUUUAAUAUGUUUAUAGAUAAUCACACCCUUAAAAAAAUUAUAUUUAUAAAUAAAAAAAAUAUAAAUUUAAUGUAUGAUCAUAUUGAUACAAAUGUUAUGAAAAACUUUGACCAACCUUUUGAAAACCCAUCUUCCGAAAAUGAAUCUUUAAUUUUUUUUCCUUCCAACUCUUUGUAUUAUAAAUAUGAUGAAAAAUAUUUCCAAAACCUUUUUAGCUAUGUUAAAAUAUGGGUAGAUAACAUGAUAAGUCUUAAUCAUUGA